CGUUGCUCUCUUCUGCCCAUCGCUUGAACGCAUUCUCUUUCGGUUCAACUGCGACCGCAGCUUAGCGCUGAUCUAUCACUGAGCCGACAAGUGCAAUCUAUCUUACUCCUAUAUAAUCAAAUAUGCCUCCGCCUCAGAUUAAACAAGACCUGAACCGGUCGGGCUGGGAGUCCACUGACUUCCCUUCCGUCUGCGAGAAUUGCCUUCCCGACAAUCCUUACGUUCAGAUGCUCAAGGAGGACUAUGGCGCUGAAUGUAAAAUUUGUACACGUCCCUUUACCAUAUUUCGCUGGAAAGCAGACCGAACGGCACGAACCAAGCGAACCACCAUCUGCCUCACUUGCGCGCGCCUGAAGAAUUGCUGCCAGUGCUGUAUGCUUGAUCUAUCGUUUGGCCUGCCUAUCGUUGUCCGUGAUGCCGCGUUGAAGAUGGUCGCUCCCGGCCCGGAGAGCUCAAUCAACCGUGAAUACUACGCGCAGGAACACGAGAAAGAGAUCGAAGAAGGCCGUGGGGCGGUCGAAGCAUACGAGAAGACAGAUGAGAAGGCGCGCGAGCUGCUGCGAAGACUGGCAAACAGUGAACCGUACUACAGAAAACCUCGGCAGCGACUGGAAGGUCCAUCCGAUGAAUCGACUGAGGCACAACCCACCGACGCUCCAGUCGUACAGAGCCGCUAUGGGAACGGACCCGGGCCUAUUCGGACAAGCGAGAGUAGGAGAGGGACACCACUGCCUGGCCGAGGCCGUGGUAAUAUGCGCGGUGGUCGCGCUGGCCGUCCAUUUCCUGGCACCGCUCAGAUCCCUCCAUCUCCCGAAGAUUACCUGCCUCCUGCGGACCCGAACAUCACAUCCCUUUUUGUGACCGGUGUUGAGGACGACCUUCCGGAACACACACUCCGGACAUUCUUCGCACAGUUCGGUCAACUCCGGUCUUUGAUCUGUUCACACCGCGCUCAUUGUGCUUUCGUCAACUUUGCGACUCGAGAGGGCGCAGAAGCCGCUGCACAGCAUUGCAAGGGCAAGGCCGUCAUUCAGGGAUGUCCCCUGCGGGUGCGGUGGGGUAAGCCCAAGCCUCUGGACAAUAUGGACAGGGAGGAGCGGAUGAAGAAUGCUCGUGAGGGUCGCAUGACGGCCCCGGAACAAAAGGAUGGAGCGUCAGGACAGAGAGCAAUCACAGCUGCUGGUGAGCCUACGACAGAGAAGCCACAGAGCUUUCUUGUGGCACCACCCCCAGGUAGUGGGGAUGUCCAGUACUCGAGCUUGUCGGGCGAUUGAUCCUUGUCUUUUUAAUUUCGAUUGUUGGGCUCAUUUGUAUCGCGACAUGGUCAAAAGGCAUUGUACAUAUGUUCAAGCGGGCGUUGUUUGCUAUGCAUUCUAAUUUCGAGAAAAAUACCCCAAGAGACGCCAGGAGGUGAGGAAAGCAUGGGUAUACUAUAAUACAAAUUGCAAAUGC